UGGUAAGUGUAGUCUGAAGUUUAAACAUAAUAAAUUAUAUUUUGUGGGUUAAUCAAUUUUUGUGGUUACUAAUCACUUGUGAUAAUAUGUUCAAAUUGACAAUAUACAACAGAGUUUGAGCAUUAUUUUAGACGGUAGAAAGCGGAUUUAAAUAUUUAUAAGAUUUUUUUUUAAAUAAUUAGAGUUGAUCAAAAAAGUUUGAGCUAUAUUGUUUUUUUAUUAAACGAUAUCUUUAUUUGUUGCUUCACUGUUUUAUUUAUUUCUUUUGAUAAAACUUAGUUAGAACUGAGUAUUAUCUUUAAUCCCUAAUCCAAUGUUUAUAGUUUUAUAAAUUGUAACUAUAGAUGAUUUAAUGAUUUGAUUUAAACGUUAAUUUGUUUGGUUGUCAUCGAUUACGUAUACAUCGGAGGAUGAGAUAACUAAAUUAGAUUUAUUGAUAUAUAUUACCUAUAAAUUAAAAACAAAUUUCAUUAAUUUGAUGUAUUAUCUAAAAAUAUUCUAUAAUAUGCUAUCCAAAAAUAUUUCACAUCACAAUAUUUUGAAAAUAAAUAUAAAUCUAUGUCUGUAGUUUUACGUAUAUAUAAAAUUAUCUUUUUUAGAUAAAUUAUUUUAUCGUAUAUAAAAAUUAAUAUUUAAUUAAUUAUUCUAAUGUUUGUUGAAUUGAUAAUAUAUCUAUUUAAUUUUUUUUGUAAAAUUGUUAAAUUGGUUUUCAAUUUCUUUUUAUAAAUUGUUGAAUGAUAUUUUUAAACAUAUAUUUAGGUUAUUUUGAUAUUUUUAGGUUCUAGGAACCUCGUCAGACAAUGAAAAAUCUUACUCAAAUCCUGUUUGAAAAAUGGAUUUGUAUCUAAAUGUGUACAUGUCCAUUCUAAAUGAUUAUGCAAACAACAAAUUUUUUUUGUUAACGGGCUUGAAUUCUUGUCAAUAACGGAAUAAUUUGAUUUAAACAUGUAAAAAUUAUUGUGAUAAACAGAUAAAAUCAAUGACGUCGAAUUAUUAUGGUAAAUAUAAUUAAUAAAAUAGUUCGAAAUAGUGAAAGAAAUAUAAAAGAUAUAAUAAAAUAUUCAUAAUAGAUGAAUUGUGUUUUUAUUUAUGUAAUAAAUAAUGUCGAAUUUUUGGAAAAGACAAUAAACGAAAUAGUUAAAAUUGAUUUUAAAAAUGAAUCCGAUGUAAGAAAUCAAUUAGAAUUAUGUAAGUAAUGUUUAAACUUUAAAACUUUAGUUUUAAAAGUAUUGAUUAUCGAUAACUUAAUGAUAUAUAAUUAAUUUGUUUGGUCGUUAUCCUCUGCGUAUUUAUCGGAGCAUAUGAGUCCCAAUCGGGAUUUUGGUUAAAUUUUAUGUGAGUAUAUGUAGGCAUGAUGAUCUUAGCAUUAUCUGUGGCUAGACAAAACCUAAGCAAAGCUUUCUAUCAUUAUCUCUGUUGUGGUUGAUCACUGAUCCUUAGCAGCAGCAACAGCACCAAUCUUAGACCGUGGCUAUGGAUCCUACGAUUAAGACUAACAGAACUGGUCUAUCCGAAACCACACUGCGCGCUCUGCGCAAAUCAUCUCCAGGAUCUUUAGGAGGGCCUAAACUGAGUUUGAUAAUGACAAAAUCUGAACCUAAUUCUUCUUCACCGACCCGUCUUUCACUUGACCGCUCUCCUGCUAACAGGUCUCGUAAGGCUCCAACCCCACCAGAAAAAACUCGUACACGGAGUGUGAAUGGAUCAUCAGAAUCAUCACAACCUCGGUCGAUCCAACUUAAGGAAGAUCUGAGGAAAGCUAAUGAGCUGAUAGCAUCCCUCGAGAAUGAACUUGAACAAGUGCGGGAAGAGUCACUCGAGAAACUCUACGAGGCUUUAGAAGCUCAAAAAACGGCUAAGGAGAGUUUUGAGAUUGAAAAAUUUAAAGCCGUUGAAGCAGGAGUAGAGGCUUUUCAUUUAAAAGAAGAAGAACUAAAGAAAGAACUCGAGAUCGUCAAGAACCAGCACGCUUCAGACUCGGCCGUUCUUCUUUUAGUAACCCGGGAGCUAGAUAAAGUUAGCUUAGAAUUGGCUAAAGCUGACGAUGCCAAGAACAUGCUUAUGCAUCAAGCAGAUGAUGCUAGCAAGAGGGCUGCUAUUUUGAAAAGCGAGCUUGAGAAUGCGAGAGGUUUUAAAGCUGAGGUUAAAAAACGAGAUAAGAUCAUCGAGAAGCUUGAUGGUGAGAUAGAAGUUUUGAAGAUGGACAAGUCUUACGCGGACGGGUCUGCUGACCAGUGGUGCAACAAAACCAUAGUAUUGGAGAGACAGCUGGAGGAAGCCAACACGAUGAAGAGAACCGCCUCGGCGUCUCUUGCAUCCCUGACGAAGCAGCUGGAAGGAAGCAAUAAAAGAUUGCGCGCUGUGGAGUCUGAGGUGACUGAUCUCAAGGAUAAGGUCAAGUUGAUGGCGAAGAUGGGGCUUAGGCAAAGCCAGGAUCUCGAGAGAUCAGGACAUGUGCUAGAGGCUGCGGAAGAAGAGGCAGUGAAACUGAAGAGUGAGGUUGAAACUGUGAAUGAGGAGAAAAGUAGAAUCUCGUCAGAGCUGGAGAGGACUAAAGAGAAGUUGUUGAGUCUAGGUGGUCGAGAUUACGAGACGCAACUAGAACAUUACAAGAAGAUGUUUGAGGAGGCGAGGCUUGAGAUCGAUGUACUCGUCAGUGCCUUGGAGCAGACCAAGAUGAGAGAAGCUGGUUUGGUGAAUCACGUGAAGAAGUUUGAGGAAGAAGUUUGUUCGAUGGGGAAAGAGAUUAAUAGGUUGGGUGGUUUGGUUAAAAGGACUAAGGAAGAAGCUGAUGGAGCGUUGAAGAAAGAAUCUGAGAUGAGAGAUGAUCUUAAAGAAGUGGAAGAUGAGGUGAUUUAUCUUCAGGAAGCUCUCAGGGAAGCGAGGGGUGAAAGCUUGAAGCUAAAUGCGAAGAUGUUGGAUAAAGAAACUGAGUUUCAAAGCGUUGUUCAUGAGAAUGAUUUACUCGUGAAGAAGAUCAAGGAGUUAGAGGAAGCAUUGGCCAAGAAAGAUAGUGAGCUCAGUGAGAGCGAACAAGACUAUGAUUUAGUAGAAAACCUUGAUGGAAUGAACGUGAAACUUGAGGAGAAGAGAGAAGAGAAGGAAGAUUCUUCAGAUGGUAAUGAUGAUGAUGAUGAUGAUGAUGCAGUUGAAGUUGAAUAUAGUAUGUGGGAAAGUUAUCAUACUGGGAAGAAAGAAGCUUUCCACAAGGGGAAAUAAAACGUCUCUAAGGUUACUUGCAGUUUUUUUUUGGUGGUGUUGUGGAAUCUGACUUAUUACAUAUACAGAGGCACACACAUCACUCUUUAUCGUUUUUGACUCCAUAAGUGUUCUGUCUUUUCUUUUUUUUUAUGGCUUUUGAAAUAGGUUUUUGUUUAGUUGGACUAAUAUGAUUGUUUUCUUUUUUCGAUUAUUUUGGCCUUUACUGUUUUCUUUGUUCUUGCCUCAUCAACAAACUCUGGAACAAAAUCUAUGUUUAUGUUAAGGUUUCUGUUUUUUUUUUCUUGCUAAAAAAUAUCCAACUUUUGGUAUUAUUGUUUACAAUGUUGAGCAUAUAGACCAUUGCUCAGCAUUAUCAAAAGCAGUCAUGGGAGUGUUCACUUGCCUUGUUUGUUUGUAUUAUAAUUGCAAAACUGAAGUUAGUAACCCGAAACCAACGUUGUCCCUUUGUUUAGAAUUCUUCUAGACGAGUCCCUGUUUCUUUGACCUUGAGAACUUAUAAUUACAGAGAGCUUAACUUUCUUUGUUUUUUUGAAACCUGGUAGGUACCUUGAAAUGCAAGUUUCUCACGUUAAGUAACUUUUUGAUAAGAGUUUAUGACUCCUUUUUGACUGAACAAAACUUACAGUUGCUCAAGGUUAGCAAAAUUGAUGUAACUUUGAAUGUGGUCUUAAAGUUAUAUGUUUCAUAAUCUUUUGACUUUCAAACGGAUAACAAAGUGGAGAAGGGUAAAAGUAGUUUUGCUUCAAAAUAGGGGAAGUCGAUCUAGUUUAACGAAACCUUUGUUACUAACUAAAGUAUACGUAAAAGGUAAAAAUAUAUAUGAUUGUUCAUCUGUUCCAUUCGUCUUGAAUCUACCUAUAGAAUUAGAGGGAAUCGUUAGUAAUCUGUUUUUUGUAAUUUAACAAUAAAACUGUUCUAAUCUCUUGGUCUAGUGGUAAUGGAACUCCAGUGGAGUGUCCGUCCUGGGUUCGAGUUGCUUUGGUCAUUUUGCCGCCUAUAACCGUGUGUGCUCGGAUGAAAGGUCUCGUGGGGAUUAGUCUGAACUUACCGUCUGGAAUCCCCACUGAUAUAAAAAAAAAAAGAAAAAAACAAUAAAA